AUGGCUAUUCAGUCCUCUGGCAGUGAUGAUGCCGUUCUUGUCAAGGUAGACCCAGGCGCAAAGACAACUGCCUCGACAGGGUCGGCCUCAAAUGCAGACUUCGCGCUCUCUGCUCACGGAGAGCAUUGGGAGAAUUUUCUUGCCGCAGCACCUGUUGCUCCAUAUACUAGUUUUAUCGGGCUCCAAGGAAUGAAUAUUAAACAAGUAUGGGUUGGUGUUAAUGGCAAUGAAGUAAAGUUUGCCCAGUAUGGCCACCUCGCAACUCGGCUCCUAGAACUUCUUCGCGAAGGCCAGAAUGGACCGUUGAAAGAAGAUCCACAGCCUGAAAUAGAUGAAGAUCACAUCAGCGGCAAAUACAAAUACAUCGAUUGCCCCGUCUGGGGGGCACCAAGGUCUUCUAUGAGCAAUCUGGUAAUGGACAGCAAGAGAUCGUCUUCCUGCACACAGCUGGUAGUGACAGCCGUCAAUACCACGGCGUCAUGA